GAGGGGACGGCGACACUGGAGUGUCCUCAUGACGGGAUGGUGGCACUGAGGAGUCCCCGUGGCUGCGGCCCCCCGCUGCCACAGCAGGCAGGGACGAUCGCCAGAGCACACACAUGUCCCCGCCGGGCCCCCGUGCGGCAGGGCGGGCUUGUCCCCGCCCGCCCUCCCUAACCCGCCAUGUCAGGGGGGGGGCCGCUCCCGCCCUCACAGCGAUGGCGGCGGCCCAGAGGGGCUUCGUGUGGGCUCCGUGAGGCGCCCGAAUUUAGGAGCUCGCUAAACACGGACACACAGCCUAGUUUGGGAAAGGACGCAUUGUUCAUCCCGCUCAUUGCGCCUCCGCAAAUCAGGCAGCCCAAGGGGUGAAAAGUCACCUCUUUUAUGCAGUAAAGUUCACACGAGCCUGCCCGCCUAAUACAUAUUUGCUUGGGUGAUGUGAUCUUACCUCCAACACAGAGCUCUUUUCUUCAUUAAACAACUUCUGUUGUAGAAGUUACCAGAAGUUAUCUGGCAACUUCAGUUUUGUUUACAAAAGGGUGCGAGGUGGAGGUUUCCACGAGUCAAACACACCAAAGGGCUAACCUAAACACAGGCCUACAGCGCUCACAGCUGGAAAAAAGCUCAUACACUGCAUGUUCGUAAAAGGUGAGGUGCGGGAGAGGCAGAGCGAGCGCUGUUUAUCCUCUGGAGGGUGCUGUUGUUUUGUACAAACAGCAGAGAGGGCCCGCAAACCUCCGAGGGAACAUUUCGGGUGCUGUUUGCUUUAGGGAGGAUUAAGGAUGUGCUGUCCUUUUCUCCUUCACAAAUCUCUCACGAACCCUGUAUGUUGUGAUCCACCUGUUCUCCACCAUUCCUGAGACUGGCUAAACUUAGCUAAUGACUCAGAUUUUCUGAGCAAAUCCUCCUGAUCAGGACCAGGACUUUUUUUUUAACAUCUCUUAAAACUUCUCUUGAUCCCCCAGCCCCCAACAACUGAGCUCUUUUUCACCUGUGGGAUGAGUAUUUGUUGGCUCAGUGGAGGUAUUUCCUACUGUAAUGUGUGUGACAUUGUUCUAAUGGUCUUGAAUUUUAUUGCCUUGUUUUAUAACUCAUACAGAUAUAACUGCAAUCCUUACAAAGGAGGUGAUGUCUUGGAUCGUUGCCUCUGUCAUUUGUCUUCCUUGUCAACACUGUUACAGCCUUUUUAUCAGAGAGGAAACCAGUACCCUGUGUGCUGUAAGUAAAAUUUUGAAAUCAGUUUAUAACACUGCCUAUGACUCAGUUUGUUCUAAUUUUGCUCCUGAUAAUUGAUGGAAGCAGAAAUUAACUCAGGAUGCUGGUUUUGAGGAAAUGGGAGGAGUGUUGGAAGUGGUUAGUUUGUAGUAAGUGAAGAUGGUCUUAUUGGUUCAGUAACUCUUCUGAAAGGUGAUGCUUUGACUCUGUAGUGCCUUCCAGCAUCAGAGGACUGGUGUCAUCUUCUUUCCAUUUCCAGAUACCCCAAAUUCUGGGAGCUGAGGAGAAAGCUGCAGUCUGCUGGCAGUAGCUGCUUCUGACAAGCACUGCUGGUGCAUGGGGUACAGGCAGAACCCCCCUGUGUGACAUGGCUGGUUCAGCUCAGAGCACUAUAUAGUGAGAUAUCCUCUCUGAGGAUGCCAGUGCUUCAUAUGUGAAGCAAGUUCUGACUUCAGAGACUUUCUGUCUGGAAAAGUGUGCGAUGCUUUAGCAGAGCUCCUCAUACUCCUUUCAGCCAGGACUGCCUGGCAGCAUCCACUGAAGGACCCCCAGUAAGAUUCCCAACCUGAAAGCUUUGGCUUCUGGAGAUGACUGCUGAACAGGGAGAGGGGAACAAGAAACUAAGCUUGCCAAGCUAAGCCUUUGCUAGCCCACAGGCAUGACCAUUGAGCAGUCACAUGCUGGAGGCAAUGUCAUUAUUCUUCUCUCCCACUUACAACUCACUCAGUUCUUCUAUCAUCAGGUAAUACUGUGAACAGGUCCAAACACCCCCAGCUCCUUUAGCAGCUCUUUAUUCCACUGGCUUCCAGUCAAGUACUGGUUAUGGUACAAUGUAACCAUCACUGAAAGACAAGUUUACCCUGCAGCAAAGGCUGGAUCAAUUUGUAGAAUAGCUCUGUUCUUAAAACACAUCUUGUGAUGUUCUGUUCCAUAACCCAGAGACAUGGGAAAAUGGAAAGCACACAGGGCACAGGCAAGUCAACAAAAUUUGACACCUAGCCCUCUGGAGAACAUGCCCAUAGAUAAAUUUUUGGCACAGUUCAAAUGGCAGCCGACACCCACAACACACACAGUUUAAGAUCUAAUAGCAAUGAAGUUUGUUUAUGAACAAAAAAAAAAAACCCAAACCAGGCAAAUCUGCCUUUUAUAUGUCCAGGAUGUAAUAAGGAUGUAGUUAAGUGGAUGUGCAAUUAAAUGGACCAUUGGAGAUGAAAAAGGGCUGACAGAUAACCACCUUCACUUGCUGAUCCCAGGUGCAGUUUGCUUUAAAACAAAGUCAUCUUGUUUUUACAGCACUGAAGAAUAGAAGAACUUCUUCUGUUGUGGUCGCUGAUGUUGGUAACUGGGCAACUGAACAUGGGGCAGCAAUGCUGGGUUUGGAGUCUCUACACCACGAGAGAAGCAGCAUCUCCUGGGAUUGCAGGAAAUUGAACAUCUUUCAACAUGCCCCAGAUACGCAACAAGUGGACAACCAAGAGCAACAGGGUUUAAACUGUUCUGAUAAUGGGAACUCUAGGAGGUUUUUAGAGGUGACUUUGGGGAGAGACAUCACAAAGCUCAAAAAAGAUAUGGUGGAGAAGACACCAAGAUGGAAAGGAAAGGAGGAGAAGAAAAUGAUGGAACCGCUUAGUGGGGUUAAGGAAGCCAAGAACAUGGUUGUGAAACCAUCACCUCAGUUGGAGGAAAUCAAGAAGAUAACAGUGAAAACAGCCCCUGUGGUGCAGGGAAACAAGGAGAAAACAACAGUGAGACCAGCUCCAGGGAUGGAGCAGGAAAAGACAACAGUGAAACCCCUUCCCAGGGCGCAGGAAGCCAAGGAGAAGGCAACAGUGAAACCAUCCUCUGGGGUGAAGGGAGCUCAUGAAAACAACACAUCCAAAGACCAAUCAAAACCCAAAGAGCCUCCUGCGUCAGUGAAAACUGUAACACCUGUUCCUCAGGCUGCUGCACUGACAAAAAAGACAAAACUGAGCGCUGCUAACUACACAUCUGAGCCACACUGGGAUUUCGAGGACAAGUACCUGCUGGAUAACUCCUCUCCAGCAUCGACCUGCUCUGAAUCAGUGAGGGCCAGAGCUGCCAAGUCUGACUGGCUGCGAGAUCUCUUCCUGCCCAACAUCACAAUCUUCACAGACAAGAGAUACUUCAAUGACAGUGAAUGGAACCGCCUGGAGCAUUUUAUACCCCCAUAUGGCUUCAUGGACCUGAAUUAUUCACUGGUGAAGGAGGUCAUGUCCCUGCUGCCCCCGAAUCCCCACCAGCAGCUGCUCCUGGCCAACCAUAACAGCAGCAUUCCAACAUGCAUCAGCUGUGCUGUCGUGGGGAAUGGAGGAAUACUGAAUAACUCUGGGAUGGGCCAGGAGAUUGACUCCCAUGACUAUGUCUUCCGGGUGAGCGGGGCUGUAAUCAAAGGUUACGAAAAAGAUGUGGGAACAAAAACCUCCUUUUAUGGAUUCACAGCCUUCUCCCUGGUUUCCUCUCUUCAGAUCUUGGGACACAAAGGGUUCAGCAACAUCCCACGGGAGAAACAUGUCAAAUACAUUCACUUCCUGGAGGGAGCUAGAGACUAUGAGUGGCUGCAGGCUCUUCUGUUCAACAAGGACAUCAGGAAAGGAUUCUUGAACCUCAGCGGGCAGAAGCCCCGGCAGAAAUUUGACAAAGAUUUCACAAUGGACAGAUACCUGGUGGUUCACCCUGAUUUCCUCAGAUACAUGAAAAACAGGUUUUUAAAAUCUAAAAAUCUGGAAAAGCCCUACUGGAGGCUGUACAGACCCACAACUGGGGCCUUCCUGCUGCUGACUGCCCUCCACCUCUGUGACCGGGGAGCUCCCCAUCUUUCCCAGGUGAGUGCCUAUGGCUACAUCACGGACGGGCACGAGAAGUACUCGGAUCACUACUACGACAAGGACUGGAAGCGGCUGAUUUUCUACAUUAACCACGACUUCAAACUGGAGAAGGAGGUGUGGAAAAAGCUUCACGAUGAGAAUAUCAUAAAGCUUUACCAGAGAUCCUGAUUGUGUGGCAAGGGCCAUUGCUUGGGAAAUCUCAGCACCUCACUGGGAAGAGAAGAGGACCACCAGAGCCAAGGUUAGUUCUGGGCUGCCAGGCACAUUUCAUCCCCACAAAGAUAUUUCCCUCCUUCAGCACCUCUAUUCUUUCACAACACUUGCACAAAUGUGUGAAUGCUGCAGACCCAGAGAAGAACAAGAAAAUGCAGAGUGCCAACAAAAUCCUUGUGGCUGUGCUGCAAGACUCCUGCUGGUUUUUGUAGGCACAGGUAUUGGGAAAACAGAAUCCAGGAUAGAUCUGGAUAGCAUAUGGUCCAGUGUCCUUUAUUUAAUCCAAGUUUUCUCUCUUUGCAAGGAGAUGCUCCUCAGGCUGGGGCUACUUCUGUUCUGGUGGAUCCUCUCCAUUAGUGAUGCCCACUGUGCAGUUGGGUGUUGUCUAAACAAGCUCCCUCAGGAGCCAGUGGAUGGAGAUGCACACACAGGCCCUGUCUCAGCUUGACUUUAUUUCUGGAGGUGCUGCUCUCACUCUGCUCCCUGCAGAUAAAAAGGGUGGACUGGACACUUCCAGGUGACUAACUCAAGAGAGAAUGAGUCUCACUUCUGCUUCCCAGUGUGGCCUUGUGACACUUCCAAAGGAGCACUGCCAUCAGCUCAGGGGCAGGUAACUGCUCUCCAUGGUGCAGCAGACAUGCAGUACCUGGUGCCUCUUGCUCCAGGGAUCCCAUGGCUGCACAAAAUGUGAAUUUUUUGGCAUGGUCCUGGUGUGCCAAGUCCUUGCUUAGCUGGACUUUGUCAUGCUUGGCUCCCAGCUGUGCCCAGAGCGCUGUGUCUGUCCUCCUGCCAGGGAAGGUGGGAGCUCUCCAAGCCCAGGGAUGGAUGCUACCCUUCCUUGCUGCUGGCUGGAGUGCCUGUCCCCCACAGUGCUGUGUCCAGGACACGUGCAGCAUGUUGGCCUUCUCAAAGGGCUUUUGUACAUAAAAUAAAUGGCACUACUUUGGCCAAGCUGA